AUGGAAAACAACAAGAACUCGACAGAAGUUGCUCCGGCCAUUGAGACGCCACCCUCGCCAUCCGCCGCUGAACAUGGCGCUGUCCUGGAGCCUCCCAGGAAUAAGCUUAUGAAACUGUAUGCGAACAAUUGGACGCAGAUUAUCCUCAUUAGCUUUAUCUGUUUCUGCUGUCCUGGCAUGUACAACGCCCUCACCGGACUCGGCGGAUCAGGCCAAGUCGACCCAACAGUCGCCGCCAACGCGAAUGUCGCCUUGCUCUCUGUCACUGCCGCCACAGCACUCUUCAUCGGCGCGCCUCUCUUCUGGAAACUCGGACCGAAGAUCCUGUUCCUUAUGGGAGGCUGGACGUACGCCCUAUACAGCGGCAGCUUGUUGAACUUCAACCACGACAGCAAUGGCGCUUUCGUCAUUGCUGCUGGCGCGAUUCUAGGUCUUGGAGCCUCGUUUUUGUGGGUUGUGCAGGGCGCUAUCAUGACGAGUUACGUGCCCGAGCAUCAGAAGGGGCGGGCGAUCGCGUUGUUUUGGAUUAUUUUCAAUCUCGGCGGAGGCAUCGGCUCCCUCGCAAGCUUCGGCAUCAACUUCCACUCUACCUCCAAUACCGUCUCCAGCUCGACUUACGUGGCUCUUAUGGUCAUCAUGCUCUUCGGCUGGCUUCUCGGCGUCUUCCUCUGCUCUCCGAAACGUGUCCGACUCACACAGCUCCGCCGGGCCGAGGAGGGCGAGAACCACCACUGGAAGAACAUCGCCAUUGUCACCUUCAAAACGAUUGCCAACUGGCGUGUCCUCCUUAUGAUCCCAUUAUGGUUUUCGGCCAAUGUAUUUUACAGCUAUCAGCAAAACGUUGUGAAUGGCGAGACGUUCAACAUCCGUACUCGGUCCCUGAACAGUGCCCUGUACUGGAUGUCCCAAAUGUUCGGCGGCCUCAUAAUCGGCUUCCUCCAAGACCUCCCAGGUGUCUCCCGCCCCAAACGCGCCAUCAUCGGCUGGACCUUCGUCCUCGUCACCGGCAUGGCCAUCUGGGGCGGCGGCUACGCCUUCCAGCUCUGGCUGAACCGGCGCCUCGCCCAAGGCCUCAAACAAGACAUCGACUACACGCAAGGCUCCCUCUCCGCCGGGCCCAUGAUGCUCUACAUCUUCUACGGCGGCUACGACGCCCUCUGGCAAGGCUUCUCGUACUGGCUCAUCGGGACUGUGUCGAACUCCUCGGAACGCACGGCGAUUCUGGUCGGUGGGUAUAAGACGUUUCAGGCGGUGGGCGCCGCGAUGGCGUGGAGGAUUAGUGCGCAGGGCAAGAGUCCUAUGACGCAGUUGGGCAUGGAUUGGGGGCUUUGUAUUGGGAGUUUGUUGAUUGUUUUGCCGACGGUUUUGACGGUUAGUCGGACGACGGAGCCGGAGGUCGUGGGGAGUAUGCCUGAGGAGAAGGCUGAGGAGGCGUGA